CACUUGUUUUGUGUACCCGACACAUAAAACAAGCGCUCCUAAAAUGUGGUACGUAAAGCGCUUGCGUCACUGUUUUUGAAGGCCCGUGACGUGACUAGCCAGCGUGCUAAUCCAACAUUCGGAGCGUUAGACCGAUUUUCCUUAUUAAUAAUCUUCUGGUAGCUGUUUUUAUUAAUUUGAUUCAGGGUCGGUCAGACUUAGACCCAGGAUGUCAUUCCCCCCUCACUUAAACCGGCCGCUGUUGCCCCCUCCUGGGAUGCCCCCUCAGUUUGCUGGCUUCCCCACAGGAACUCCAAUGAUCCCAGUUCACAUGGGCAUCAUGACACCCACCCCUACCGUAAUGGUGUCUUCUCUGCCGGUGCUCAGUAAGCCUGCAGUCCCCAGGAAGGACAUUGUUGCUGUGCGAGCCAAAGACAACGAUGACAACAGUGGCCCCACCACCACAGUGUUUGUGGGGAACAUAUCAGAGAAAGCUUCAGACAUGCUGAUUAGACAGCUGCUGGCGAAAUGUGGAAUUGUCCUGAGCUGGAAGAGAGUCCAGGGAGCCUCUGGCAAGCUUCAAGCCUUUGGGUUUUGUGAGUACAAAGAGCCAGAGUCCACAUUGCGAGCCCUGCGGCUGCUUCAUGAACUGCAGAUUGGAGACAAGAAUCUGCUGGUGAAGGUGGAUGCCAAGACAAAAGCACAACUCGACGAGUGGAAAGCUAAGAAGAGGACAGCAAAUGGGAAAGGGAAGGCUGAAGAUGGAGGAGAUGACGAGGAAGACGUUCUCGACGAGGAUACUAAGAAGAAGGAUCAGAUCAUCAAAGGUGCUAUUGAUGGUUUAAUGCGGGAAUAUGCUGCAGAGCUCAACGCGCCUUCACAAGAUGAGGAUUCCCAGCGGCGAAAGAGAAAAAAGGAUAAAAAAGAAGAGGAUGACAUAAACACUAUUGAUAUAGAAGAAGACAAGAGAGACCUGAUUUCCAGAGAGAUUAGUAAAUUUCGUGACACUCACAAGAAACUGGAAGAGGAGAAGGACAAGCGGGAGAAAGAGCGGCUGGAGUUUGAGCGUGAAAGGAGGGAGCGGGAAAAAGAGCGAGAGCGGGAAAGAGAGCGGCGGGACCGCGAGAGGGAGAAGGAGCGUGAGAGGGAACGGGAGAGGGAAAGGGAGCGAGAGCGGGAGAGAGACCGAGACAAAGACCGCGAUCGCGACCGCGAUCGUGACCGUGACCGUGACCGUGACCGCGACCGUGACCGCAGGACCAGAGAGAGAGAUCGAGACAGAGACUGGGAUAGGGACAGAAGCCGCGACAGGAGCGCUGAGCGCAGCCGAUCCAGGGAGAUGAGUCGAGAUCGUGACAGAGAAAAGAAACGAGACCAAGAGGAUGAAGAGGAGGCAUAUGAACGCAGGAAGCUAGAGAGGAAACUCAGAGACAAAGAAGCAGCCUAUCAGGAGCGCCUAAAAAACUGGGAGCUCAGGGAGAGGAAGAAAGCACGGGAUUAUGCCAAAGAGGCUGAGAGGGAAGAUGAGCGCCGACGAGAAAUGGUAAAAGAGGGCAAACGGCUGAAAGAGUUUCUUGAAGACUAUGAUGAUGACAGAGAUGACCCCAAAUACUACAGGGGCAGUGCGCUGCAGAAGCGUCUCAGAGACCGAGAGAAGGAGAUGGAGGCGGACGAGCGUGACAGGAAGAGAGAGAAGGAGGAGCUGGAGGAGAUCAGACAGAGGCUGUUAGACGAGGGACAUCCAGACCCAGACGCAGAGCUACGCAGGAUGGAGGAGGAAGAGGCGGAGCGUCUGAGACAGCCUCCCAUCAUCCAAGAGCCAGAACCCGAGGAGGAACGGGCGCACCACCGGAGUUCACGAGACCACCGGGACCGGCGAGGGGACCAGGACAGAGCGGAAUCCCGCUCCCGCCACGCCCCCUCUGACGACGAGGUGGAGGAGGGCGAGGAGGAAGAUUACGACAACGAUGACGAUAACCCAGACGCAAAACCAUGCCUCAAGCCCACAAUGCGGCCCAUCACAGCAGCACCGUCGGUGUCGUCGGCCAGCGGCAACGUGUCCCCCGACACUCCCGGAGACGAGUCGCCAUGCGGCAUCAUCAUCCCCCACGAGAACUCGCCGCCUGAAGCGCUGCCACAGGAGGAGCAUCGGCCCAAGAUCGGCCUCAGCCUCAAACUGGGUGCCACAGGUAGCCCCAGUCAACCCAACGCAGGCAAGAGGAAGAAGCUUCCUGUGGACAGCGUCUUCGAUAAGUUUGAUGACGAGGAGGCUGACGAACAGCCGCGCAAGAGGAAGCUGGUGCCCCUGGAUUACGACGACGACAAGAGCCCGGGGGUAGACGGGGCCGGGCUCGCCGGCAUGAAGGGAGCCAACAGCGAGGAGAAACGCAAACACAUCAAGAGCCUGAUAGAGAAGAUUCCCACAGCGAAGCCUGAUCUGUUCUCCUACCCACUGGACUGGUCUAUGGUGGACACGACGUUAAUGGAACGACGUGUUCGGCCCUGGAUCAAUAAAAAGAUCAUUGAGUACAUUGGAGAAGAAGAGCCAACGUUAGUGGACUUUGUCUGCUCCAAGGUGAUGGCUCACGGUACACCACAGGGUAUAUUGGAUGAUGUUGCUAUGGUUCUCGAUGAAGAAGCUGAAGUCUUUAUAGUGAAGAUGUGGAGGUUGCUCAUUUAUGAAACUGAGGCCAAGAAGAUUGGACUGGUGAAAUAAGCAAAACAACCACUAAAAUGAAGAUCAACAGUUUUUUUUUUUUUUCAUAUCGUGUACAAUAGUGUAGCGCAAUUAUGUCACCCAAAACAAAACAACUUGUAACUGCUCAUUUUUCCAUUUUCACCAGUCGUUCAGGUCAUUUCAGUUUUCUCAACAUACUCAGGCCACAUUCACCUCCCCCUCUCUGUUGCAGGUGCUGACUGUGUCUGUGUGCUUUUGUGUAUAUACAGCACGUCGUUAUUUGACUAUGAUGAAAUAAUUCUGAGGGGACACUGCUGACAGACACCCAGGACCAUUGUUGUGUUACAAGAUACGGUCUUUUUGUCCUCUACUUUUACUUGUGUACAUGCAAACACAUUUUUUUGUGUGAAGUCGGUUUACUAGUUUCAUGAAUAUUUCUUUGAAGUCUUUAAAGAGUAAUUCUGAUAUUUUUGAACCUGGACUCUUAUUUUCCAAUCAUUUUGUGUCCAAAUGACUAACGAGGACAAACAUUUUUGGAGUUGGACCAGUAUUGAGCGAGAUCACUUCAGCCGGCAGCUGUGAAAAUGGGCUGCAAUGUGAUCCUUGGGGGCAAUUGCGGCCGUCAAAGUAUGUCCACUAAAAGUGCUAGUGUUUGCUACUGACAGGCUCAGAUUGUUAUAAGUGUCUGACAACCAAAGUUAACAGGAAUUAGCCGCCUUUAGCAGCAUUAUGGCUGAAUGUAUAGGGAACUACAUCAAGGGCAGUUUGCACGUCGGCUUGUUUACGUCUGAGGCUGUGAUAGCUCAGCGUCUGUUCAUGCUGGAGAAGUAGUAACUUAUUAGAUGAAAUAAAAUGGUUCAUGUCUGCAAGUUUCCAAAAUGCAAGGAUAAAACAACCAGAUACACACUGUGCAGUUUACACGGAUUACCGCUGGAUGAUAGAGACUUACAUACUGUAAUUCUUCACACAGUUAUGUGUUGAAAUCACAUUUUUCUUACCGUGUGGAGCUGAGCGUUUGAUCCAGCCGGCCUCGCUCUUUUCUUGCUUUUGUGGAGAUAAAACAGUCUCUAGGAUGACAAUGUUGAUAAAUGCUGUAAAUCCAUUUGUAGUAUUUACACAGCUGGGAUCACUCUCAUCCGCAGACACUUGUAGGUUAUCUGAGUCUGGCAGCAACAGGUCUGACUGCAGACAAAGUUUUUCUCUUCACUCAUCAGGAGGGCAGUGACUGUACGUUGUCUUUCCCGACGCUCCCAUUGCCUUCUGCCUCCAUUCUUUGUUUUUCCCCUUUUAUUUGUUUUAUCUGUGAACUCCGGCUCAAAUAAAUACAGUUGGCCAGUCAAAGUGAAAUGACUCACGAUCGUCCUUAUAGUAAUUAACAGGAUAAUCUGUCAUUGCACUUAGUUUUUUAAGUUUUCUUACAGUCCAACUUCAGUGAACGUCAGCCUCAGACAUGUAAACAAACCGGCACGUGCGGAUGAAUAUGUGGGUGGUUCGGUUAACCAGCAACCCGAUGUAAUUCCCUGUACAGUCAGCCAUAAUGUAGCUACAGGCGGCUAGUUUCUGUGUUUACUUCCAUUGUCGGACACUUAAAAUAACAAUCUAGGCUGUCAGUGGCAAACACUAGCACUUUUAGUGGGCGCACUUUGACGGCCACAUUUGCCCCCAAGAAUUACAUUGUAGCCUGUUUCACAGCUGCUGGCUGAAGUGAUCUCACUCAAUACUGGACCAAUUCCAAAAAUUUUGGUCCCCAUUAGUCACUUAGACCCUAAAUGAUGGGAAAAUAGAGUCCAAGGUGAAAAAUACUGGAAUUACCCUUUAAGGUGUGAACUCUGGCUUGCAGUUGAAUGUGGGUUAAUUGGACACAGAUUUUAGAGUAUGCAUAACUACAACAAGGAUGUGAUAUUUUUACAGUUACUUAUUCAGGGUUUAUUUAUAUACUCCGAUUUAUUUCUGUCAAGUGAACAGAUUCUCUUGAUUUUUUUUCUUAUCACAUUCCUGAUAAACAUGUUGGCAUGUUCUCGUCCUCAGACCAUCUCAAAAAGCACCUUGUGGUCAUUUGAAAUGUGUCUACUGACAAGACCCACAGAAUAUCUCGGGUGGCGACAUCCCUGCAGCUAUAAAAAGCACACACGUCAUAACCACUAUAGAGGAAAAUGAGCUAAGAACAGGAAAAAAAUGAUUUGCAGUUGUGAAGAUGCUCUCCAUUUGUUUUGUAAUGGUGAAACAUUUGAAUAAAAUUGAUUUUUAUAA